AUGCAGAAAAAGCGUCCCAGACGGCUCGGUAAAGGUGCUGGUCUUUUGGUCAAAUUGAGAUUGUCCAAAUCAUACGGCUCUUCUUCUUGCUUCACCUGCGGAGGCUCUGCUUGCAGACUCUACCCAGGUCUGUGCUGGAUUCUACCCAUCUUCCCUGCCCCAGAGGCCGCGCAGAGACGCCCGUCUUCAGGCGGCGAGGACGCGACCAACACAGAGUGGAUCUCGGUGCACUCCAGCCUCUCGUCCACUCCUCCUCGCUCUACCACGAGGAUGUAA